AGCCCGGCGGGUGCCGGCUGUGCCGGCAGGCAGGACUGGCCGGAGAGAGUGGUGGUGGGGCACAACGUGGCCUUUGACCGGGCGUUCAUCAAGGAGCAGUACCUCAUCCAGGGCUCCCGGGUGCGUUUUCUGGACACCAUGAGCAUGCACAUGGCCAUCUCGGGGCUGACGGGCUUCCAGCGCAGCCUCUGGAUGGCUGCCAAGCACGGCAAGAGGAAGGGACUGCAGCAGGUCAAGGAGCACAUGAAGAAAACACGCAGCAAAACGGAGGGGCCGGCUGUCACUUCGUGGGACUGGGUGCACGUCAGCAGCAUCAACAACCUGGCAGACGUGCACGCGCUGUACGUCGGCGGGGAGCCGCUGGAGGAGGCCGGCAGAGGGGUGGCCGCUUUGCCUGCUCUCACCUGCCUGUGCCCCCAGGACCUGAUGUCGUACUGUGCCCGCGAUGUCCAGGCCACCCACGAGGUGUUUCAGGAGCAGCUGCCGCUCUUCAUGGAGAGGUGCCCCCACCCCGUGACAUUUGCAGGGAUGCUGGAGAUGGGAGUGUCCUACCUGCCAGUCAACGGGAACUGGAAGAGGUACCUGGACGAUGCUCAGGGCAUCUAUGAGGAGCUGCAGAAGGAGAUGAAGAAGUCCCUAAUGAACCUGGCCAACGAUGCCUGCCAGCUGCUGCACGAGGACAGGUACAAGGAUGACCCCUGGCUCUGGGAUCUUGACUGGGACACGCAGGAGUUUAAGCAGAAGAAGAAUCCAGGCAAAAAGAAGAAGGAUCAGGACAGGAACAGCAAAGCUGCGGUGGCAGGUGCAGACGGCCGGGUCUGCCUGGAGCGUCUGAAGGAGACGGUCACGCUGCAACCCAAGAGACUGCAGCACCUGCCGGGCCACCCGGGCUGGUACCGCAAGCUGUGCCCACGCCUGGAGGAGGCGGGGUGGGUGCCGGGACCCAGCCUGAUCAGCCUGCAGAUGAGGGUGACCCCGAAGCUGAUGCGCCUGGCCUGGGACGGCUUCCCUAAGCAUGGCUGGGGCUACCUGGUACCUGGGCGGCAGGACAAUUUGCCGGCAGCCCACUCGGAGGCAGAGGGCCCUCCCUGCCCGCACAGGGUGAUUGAGUACCUGUACAGGCAGCACUGCCUGGAGAAGGGCAAGGAGCAGCCCCCGGGGCUGGAGGCUGCUGUGGAGGAUGAGCUGCUGGAGAUGGAUGGCAGCACGAUGUGGCAAAAGAUGGAGGAGCUGAGCCAGCUAGAGGUGGAUGUGGAAGAGAAAAUGGGCAGAGCACACCAAAGCCUGGCGGAGGAGGAGAUGGAUGAGCUGUGUGAGCUGGCGGAGUUGAGGAGCCAGCCCUCGUACCAUCACGGCAAUGGUCCCUACAAUGAUGUCAACAUCCCUGGGUGCUGGUUCUUCAAGCUGCCUCACAAGGACGGGAACGAUAACAACGUGGGAAGCCCUUUUGCCAAGGAUUUCCUGCCCCAGAUGGAGGAUGGCACUCUGCGGGCUGCCGUGGGCCGCACCCACGGGACCAGAGCCCUUGAGAUUAACAAAAUGAUCUCGUUUUGGAGGAACGCUCACAAGCGGAUCAGUUCCCAGAUGGUGGUGUGGCUGAAGAAAGGGGAGCUGCCUCGCGUGGUGACCAGGCACCCUGACUAUAAUGAGGAGGACGAUUAUGGAGCCAUCCUGCCGCAGGUGGUGACCGCGGGCACCAUCACCCGCCGGGCAGUGGAGCCCACAUGGCUGACAGCCAGCAAUGCCCGGGCCGACCGGGUGGGCAGCGAGCUGAAAGCCAUGGUCCAGGUGCCGCCUGGCUACUCCCUGGUGGGCGCGGACGUGGAUUCCCAGGAGCUCUGGAUAGCUGCCGUCCUCGGCGAGGCGCACUUCACCGGCAUGCACGGCUGCACGGCAUUCGGCUGGAUGACUCUGCAGGGGAAGAAGAGCAACGCGACAGACCUGCACAGCAAGACGGCCGCCACGGUGGGCAUCAGCCGGGAGCACGCCAAAAUCUUCAAUUACGGGCGCAUCUACGGGGCCGGGCAGCCCUUAGCCGAGCGGCUGCUGAUGCAGUUCAACCAUCGGCUGACGCAGCAGCAGGCGCGUGAGAAGGCUCAGCAGAUGUACGCGGUCACCAAGGGCGUCCGGAGGUUUCGACUCUCUGAGGAUGGGGAGUGGCUGGUGAGGGAGCUGGACCUGGCUGUGGACAGGGCCGAGGAUGGAUCGGUGUCAGCCCAGGAUGUCCAGCGGCUCCAGAGAGAAGCCAUGAAAAGGUCCCGCAGGAAGAAGAAGUGGGAUGUGGUGGAGCACCGAGUGUGGGCUGGAGGCACAGAGUCUGAGAUGUUCAACAAGCUGGAGAGCAUCGCCUUAUCCCCCUCCCCGCAGACCCCGGUGCUGGGCUGUCAUAUCAGCAGGGCACUGGAGCCCGCUGUGGCCAAGGGGGAGUUUCUGACCAGCAGAGUGAACUGGGUGGUGCAGAGCUCAGCUGUUGACUACCUGCACCUCAUGCUGGUUGCCAUGAAGUGGCUUUUCGAGGAGUUCGACAUCAAUGGGCGCUUCUGCAUCAGCAUCCACGACGAGGUGCGCUACCUGGUCCAGCAGCAGGAUCGCUACCGGGCGGCCCUGGCCCUGCAGAUCACCAACCUCCUCACGCGCUGCAUGUUUGCCUACAAACUGGGCCUCCAGGAUCUGCCCCAGUCAGUGGCUUUCUUCAGCGCAGUGGAUGUUGACCAGUGCUUAAGGAAAGAGGUGACUAUGAACUGCGCCACGCCAUCCAAUCCAACUGGGAUGGAGAAGAAAUACGGCAUCCCUCAAGGAGAAGCACUGGAUAUCUAUCAGCUAAUUGAAAUAACCAAAGGUUCACUGGAGAAGAAAUUAUGA